UAAAUGAUUCAUAGUUUCAGGUGUAGCUGCUUUCACUGGUACAUGGAGCAUUUGUUUAGCUGUGUUUGGAAGUGAAACAAGGCAACACUGUUACUGCACAGUGGUAGUUGAGAGAGUCUUUCUCCUGGAGGGGGACAUGCUCUGGGAGAAGAUUAUUAAGCAGAAGAAAGGAAAGAUUGAGCGAUUAGAAGUAAACAGCCUGGCACAGGCAACAAAUGCUGUGGCCUGCAGUACUGAUGGAAACGUUAACGUGGAUUGUGUUGAUGGAACCCCAGACCCCCAGCGGACUAAAGCCGCCAUAAUGCAAUUACAGCAGAAGAUUCUUAAGCUUACUGAGCAGAUUCGCAUUGAACAAACAGCCCGGGAUGACAAUGUCGCGGAGUAUUUGAAACUUGCCAAUAAUGCUGAUAAGCAGCAGAGCACCCGCAUCAAACAAGUCUUUGAAAAGAAGAACCAAAAGUCGGCACAGACUAUUCUGCAGCUGCAGAGAAAAUUGGAGCACUACCACAGGAAAUUGCGGGAGGUGGAGCAGAAUGGGAUCCCCAGGCAGCCCAAGGAUGUCUUCAGAGACAUGCACCAAGGCCUGAAGGAUGUAGGUGCAAAGGUCACAGGCUUCAGCGAGGGGGUAGUGGACAGUGUGAAAGGUGGGCUUUCCAGUUUUUCACACGCCACCCACUCAGCUGCUGGUGCAGUGGUUUCCAAACCUCGUGAAAUUGCAUCAAUAAUUAAGAACAAGUUUGGCAGCGCAGACAACAUAUCAAAUCUCAAGGAUGGUUUGGAAGAUGUGCAGCCAGAAGAUGCAAAUAAAUCUUUAGGUGUCCUUAGUAAUUUGCCGAGCCUCAAGUAUGGCAGUGAGGAUGAUGACUGUUCAAGUGCCACCUCUGGUUCUGCAGGGGCUAUUAGCACUACAGGUGCACCAGGGGGACCCCCUAGCUCCAAAACAAAUACUCUGGAAAUGCAGAGCUCAGGGUUUGAUGCAAUAUUGCACGAAAUUCAGGAGUUAAGAGAGACACAGACCCGUUUGGAGGAGUCAUUUGAAGACCUGAAAACUCACUAUCAAAGGGAAAAUACAUUAAUAAUGCAGGCUUUACAGGAGGAACGGUACAGGUGUGAAAGACUGGAAGAACAGUUGAAUGACCUGACAGAACUGCAUCAGAAUGAGAUUCUGAACCUGAAACAAGAGCUUGCCAGCAUGGAGGAGAAAAUUGCCUACCAGUCCUAUGAACGAGCAAGAGAUAUCCAGGAGGCAUUGGAAGCUUGUCAAACACGGAUCUCAAAAAUGGAGCUUCAGCAGCAGCAACAGCAGGUCGUUCAGUUGGAGGGACUGGAAAAUGCCACAGCCAGGACUUUGCUGGGAAAACUGAUCAAUGUACUGCUCGCCAUUAUGGCUGUCCUCCUGGUUUUUGUCUCAACUUUAGCUAACUGUAUAGUCCCGCUCAUGAAAACUCGCAACCGGACAUUUAGCACCAUCUUCCUCAUGAUCGUAAUCGCCUUCUUGUGGAAGAACUGGGACACCAUAGCAAACCAUUUGGAACGCUUUUUGUUGCCGCCGUCAUGAUGGCAGAGUUUGUUCAGUAUGAAUAUAAGCAGAUGCCAGCUCUGAUGAUUAACUGUUUCAGCAUCUGAGAGGAUUUGUUUACAUUUAGAAAAAAAAAAACUUGUCUAAUAAAGACGUGUCGCAAUAGUGUUUUAUAGAGAUUGGUUGAGGAAUCACUCCUUUUGUUUUGCAACUCCAUUGACUGACUUAACUAGUAAGAUUUCCGUGGAUGGGAACUUUAACUCUUUGACCAGAAACCUAAAUAAUGAAAAAAAAAAAUGAAAAAAGGAGGGUGUCUGGCUGUAUGAGAAGUUUAAGUUAUGGUUUUGACGUCGUUACUGCAUAUUUAAGCUUAAAUUUGAAUCCCUUAAGAUUAUUAAUACAAAUAUUUAAUAUAUGUGUUUAUAUAUAGUUUACUUAUAUAAACGUACAUAUAGAUGGGUGUGUAAAGGAUGCAUUUUCUGCAUGUCUAUUACACAUCUUUAUGUGACAGCACUACACUGAAUCUGCAGAGGUAUGCUUUCUGUGAAAUCCGUGCACAUUCUCUAUCAGAAUGUAUGAUUCAGGGUUAUGCUUUCUUUGAGGAGGAGAAGACCUCAUAUUUUAUACUCUACUAAUGAUCCCACACACGAAUCUAAGUGACUGUACUGUAAUGGGAAAAAAAACAUUUAUGUGAAUGGUAUAAAAGAAGUACUGCAUGUUUUAACA